AUGAGGAGAUCAGCAGCUCCAAGUCAGGUCUCUGGUAAUGCUGCAAAAAAGCCUCGCUUUAUUCCUCCUGGAAUAGUAAAUUCCUGUACAGACAGAGAAACUGGAAACACCGCUUUAAUGGUAAAUGCUUAUUGAAAUGAACUGCAUUACUUCAAUGUAUAUGCCUGUAUAUAUGUGAACACAGGUCUGUCCAUAAGUAUUUGUAUGGAGUAAAACCAUUUUAGAAUGGUAUGACUUCUUACCUGCAGUGUGCUGGGUGCCCCACCCUGUUUCCACUACUUUUCUUUGGCAGUGCAGGCAGGGGCAUACCUAGGGCAUUUGGCAGCCCCUUCUCCCCCCUCCCCCCAACUUUAAAAUACAACCGCAAUUUUUUUUUAAUGUAUGUAGGACUGAGCAGUGUUUGUGUUUUUGAAUGUAAGCAUGUUUUUGUAUGGAGUAAGUGUAAGUGAAUGUAGGGUGUGUGUUUGUAUGUGGUGUUGGCGUUUGAAUGCAGGCAUGCAUUUUUAUGUAGUGUGGAUUUUAAAUGUAGCGGUGUGGAUAUAUAUAAUGGUGGGGUUUGUAUGCAGUGUUGACGUUGAAAUGCAGGGGUGUAUUUGUGUGUAGUGUUGACGAGGUUCUGAGAUGUAUGCACAUAGACACACAGUCACACGCAGACACAGUGGCGACUCUAGGAACCAAGUGAUUGGGGACCAAGUGAAUGGCCAUUGAAUGACUGGGAGGCACUAAAACAUUUCACUAGGGGAUGGAGUAAUGUGCUGCCUAAUGCCAGUCUGCAGUGCAUGUUGGCAUUAGUCAACAUAUUUGCAUAUAAUUCACAUUUUCACACAGAUUUCUUGUUGUGAGCUGGCUGACACCUCUUAACUUCGAUCUUUGUUUAUCAGUUAACUCCCCUAUUUGCUAUCCUUAUGUGGGAUUGCCAUAUUUAAGGACACCAAAUAAGGGAGCUUUCUGCUAAACAUCACCCUAAUUUGGUAUCUUUAAAUAUGGAAAUCUCACAUAAGGGCACCAAUUUAGGGAAUUGUCUACUAAACAGCUAAAAGACCCAAAUAAAAAGCACUUUUAAAAAUUUCAGUUGUUUAGUAGAUAACUCCCUUAUUAUCCUUAUGUGGGAUUGCAAUAUUUAAAGGGACACUAUAGUCACCCAGACCACUUCAGUUCAAUUAAGUGGUCUGGGUGCCAGGUCCCUCAGGUUUUAACCCUUCAGCGGCAAACAUAGCAGUUUCAGAGAAACUGCUAUGUUUACAUUUGAGGUUAAUCCGGCCUCUAGUGGCUGUCUUCCGGAAAGCCACUCGAGGCGCAUCUGUGAUGCUGGAGGCGAAUUUCGCCUCCAUCCCGCAGAGUGUCCAUAGGAAAGCAUUGAGAAAUGCUUUCCUAUGGACACUUUGAAUGCGCGCGCAGCACUUGCCACGCAUCCGCAUACGGCUCAGCUGACGUCGGUCGGGGGAGGCGAGGUCACCAGCGCAGAGGGGGCCCGGCGCUGGAUAAAGGUAAGUAACUGAAGGGGUUUUAACCCCUUCAGCGCCACGGGAGGGGGACCCUGAGGGUGGGGGCACCCUCAGGGCACUAUAGUGUCAGGAAAACCGCUUUGUAUUCCUGACACUAAAAUAAGGGAACUAUCUACCAAACACAUACACAAUAGGUGUAUGUGUGUGUGUGUGUGUGUGUGUGUGUGUGUGUGUGUGUGUGUGUGUGUGUGUGUAUGUGUAUAUAUAUAUAUAUAUAUAUAUAUAUAUAAUUAUACACACACACACACACUUAACCACAGAGAUACACAAUCACAUACAUAUACACAUUUGAUAAUUAAGAGGUCCACCCAGCCUCCCUGUCUUGCUCUGGUAGGGCUGGAGUGGCCUUGGUGGUCAGUGGUUACUGCUGGGAUCUCUGUGCUCUUCUUGUAAAGGUGCCUUGCACACCCUGUAAUGAUGCCGGGAUGAUGUUAUAUGCCGGCUCACUGCAGGGCGAAGACAGUCAGAUGCACACAGUUAUACACAUGUACAGCCACAUGCACACAGUCAAACACACCGUUACAGACAGACAGUCACACAGCUACAGGCAGUCACAUGUACAAUUGCAGGCAGCAUCACCCAGUCACACACACUCAGUGACAUGCAGAAGGUCACAGGCAGUCGCAUCACACACGCAGUCACAGGUAGACAGUCACACAUACAAUCACAGUUUUACACACACAGGCCCGGACUGGCCAUCGGGCAAAUGCCAGGUGGGCCGCAAUGGCCAUGGGCGGAGGCUGGCAGGGGAAAUCACAGGAUCUCCCCUGUCAGCCCAUGCAGAGCUGGCGUCAUCCGAGCGCCGGCCCUGCUGUGUGCGCCUUCAUGGGCCGGUGGGGAGAUCAAAGAUCAAAACUCUAGCCAGUUACCUCAGCAAUGCUCAGAACUCGCGAGAUUGAACUCUAGCCCUGCAGGCUAGAGAUCACUCUCACUACUGAGACCACCAGGGAUCUCAAUACAGCCCCCCCCUGGCAGCACACACACAGCACACUCUCACACAUAUACCCACACGUAUGUAUAAUAUAUAAAAUAGCCCUCGGUGAGGUAACAGAUAGAGCAAAUUAGAAACAUAGAAUGUGACAGUAGAUAAGAACAUCCACACACACACACUGCACCCUUCACACAUACACACCGCACACCCAACACACUGCGCCCCUCACACAUACUAUAUCACACUGCACCACUACACACAUUACGCUCCAGAUACACGCUAGAUCCCUUACCCUAUAUACACUCUGAAUCCUCUAUACACACACACACAAACUCAUAUACACACUCUGGGUCAUUUGCACAUUAGAUCCCCUGCACACACACACUGCACCACCUACACAUACUACAUACCUGACAUACAUACUCUCAAUUUGCUUGAAAUGUGUAGAACAAAUACAGGGCCCUUUUCUCAUGUUAGAGCUCUACGGUGGGGCUCUGCGUAUUGAACCAACAUGCUCACUUUGAGAAGGGGCGUGCUUGUCAUUAGUGAUGACAAAACACACCCUCUCUGGCCCCGCCCCCUUCUCAGGGGGCCGCUGUGAUUGAAAAAUGCCUGGCCGAAAUUUUUUUUCAAGUCAGGCCCUGCACACGCACACAUUCUCUCUCACUUACUGGUGGAGGAGUGGAGUCACUGAAGUUCCUGGUUUGUUGUAGUUGGGGAAGCAGGAACUCCUUCCUGCUUCCCCUCUGUGUGCUGCAGAAAGAGCAGCGAGUGGAGCCUGUAGCUCCGCCCUCACAUCAGUUUAGCUCCGCCCUUAACUCUCAGUGCUGUACUCCUGCUGUAUUUCCUGACCGGCCCCUGCGUGUGUGUGUGUGUGUGUGAGCUGUGUCAGCUGGCUGGCCCCCUGAUCAGCCACACAGCUCACAGAACCCCAAGCCUGGCCAGCCCUGGUGGCACCCGGGGCGGAUGACCCCUCACCCCCCUGCUCCCCCCUUAGUACGCCAGUGAGUGCAGGUCUUAGCUUAUUGGCUAAGAGUGAUCUGUCAACAACCUAGGCUUGGUUCAGGAGAGCUAAACGAAACUACUGCUUAGAAGCUUCUGGCUCUCCAUAGGAAGUAGUGGAGGCGGAAGUGAUGCCUGGCAAAUCCCAGGUAUGAAGUCAAACUUUUCUAAAAGUUCUACUCGUUUUACUCCUUGCAAUGGAAUGGUACUCCUGUCACCAUAACCACUACACACUGUAGUUGUUAAUGUGCUUGGGGUGUUCCUUUCAUUUUGGGGACUAAAACUGAUGGGGAUCAAAGGCCAGUCAUCUAAUGAAAGUACGUUACUUAAAUUCGUUUAUUUUUUACAGUGCAAUAUUAGAAUCACCAGGAAAGUCAAACUGAAGAUGCCAGUUUCACCUACUGUGAACAUAGUUAUAAAAUAUUAGGAACUUAGAUACAGCUUUUGUUAUGCAUGUACAUAUCAGUCUAGCUGUUGGAAAACACUUUUUCACAUGGAAACACAGAAACUGUAUUAAAACCUGCUUUUUCAUUAUCAGAAGAACAGCGAUGUACCUUCUAGAUCACUUACAAAAAUGUGUGGACUGAACACAAUGUGUUCCACUAAAGAGGCAGUGACUCCACCUGCAAACCUCUCUGGGAAAUCUAGCGUGACGGCUCUACCCAAAUUUCAACCAUUAGAAUCACCAGCAGUGACUCCACCUGCAAAUCUCUCUAGCAGACCUGGUGUGACGGCACUACCCAAAUUUCAAUCAUUAGAAUCAUCAGCAGUGACUCCACCUGCAAAUCUCUCCGGGAAACCUGGUGUGACGCUACUACCCAAAUCUCGACCAUUAGAAUCACCAGCAGUGACUCCACCUACAAACCUCUCUGGGAAAUCUAGCGUGAUGGCUCUACCCAAAUUUCGACCAUUAGCAGGUAAAGCCAACAUGUAUUUUAUUUUUUUUAAAUCUGUGUGGUUUAAAAAUGUACAAUUCAAAUGUUCUGUGUAAACAUAAAAUGACAUUUUUAUUUUAUGAUGUCAUUGGAUUUAUUCUAAGACUAAACAAAACUGCAUAGCAGUUCCUUUCUAGUUAUCAGACAAUAUGCUUUCAUAGUAGUAGAGUGUAACAUGUAUGUUCAGCCUGCUGUGCACAAAUAUUAAGCUUUUUAAUAUUUUUAUUAAAGGGACACUCUAAGCACCAAAACAACUUUAGCUUCAUGAAGUAGUUUUGGGCCCCAUGCAGUCUCACAGCUCAAUGCUCUGCCAUUUAGGAUUCACUUUUGUUUCUGUUAAUGCAGCCCUAGCCACACUUUACUUGACUGUGACUCUCACAGCCUACGCAAAUAAAAGGUUUAAUGUUCAAUCAUAUUUUACAGCACAAUGUGUUUACUUUAGAAGUUCUUAUCCCAUGUUCUGUCUAUUUGAACUCCAGUCACACAGGAGUAUGGCUAAGGAUGCAUAAACAAAUUGAUCUAACUUCUAAAUGGCAGAGUCGUAAGCAGUGAGAUUGCAGGGGCAUGAUCUAUACACCAAAACCAAAGUGGACCUGUUAGGUAAAAUAAGAUUAUACCAAUUGUUGUUUUUUGGCAAAUGAAUCCAUCCUAUGGCAACUCAGUUAUGCAUGUAUUGGGUAUGAUUGGGCGCUACCUGGCAGGGCUCAGGACUCCAUAGUUCUCCACAUUUGAAAUUUGCCAGGCAGACAUUUUCAUAUUAAAAAAGCUAAAACUUUAAUGAUUUAAAUUGUGAAGUAACUAAGAAACAUUAUGUAAAAAGUGAGAAAAAGUAUGUACAUAAAGGGGUGCAUAGAGUUCUAGAAUCUACUUUUCAAGUUCACAUAGCAUUUCUUUCCAAAUAUAUUAUUUUAAAUUCCAGUGGGCAUUAUCUUGUGUGAUGUGCAAUAGUUCCUAAUGGUGCCUCCGGAAAUGCAAUAACCCAAAAUAGACUGCGCUGCUUUAAAGCCUUCAACAAAAAUCCACAGGUGAUUAGAGACAAAUUGUCUUGUGCUUGUCAAGCAAGCUUUAAAAUAAGCCAAACCCUGCAUAGUAAUAAAGAAAGUGCGAUAUAUACAGUGAGGACAAAAUGGGUGUGAUCUAUCACCUGAGUGGGAGACCCCUUAUACCACUCAAAUAUAAACACAAGAACAAUACAUAAAAUAGGUGGAUCACACUCCUAGAAAUAUCUAAAAGAGAAUAAAAGAACAAUAUAGUGUAAUAUUGUCAGCAAAUGGAUAUCCAAAUAAAUGUAGAGGAGAUCAGGUACUCACAAAUCAAGAGCCAAACAUAUACAUGUGGCUCUCAUGGGAACAGCAUUGGGACCAUUAGUUAGGAUGUCCCUUUCCUUCUUGGAAUCUUCUGGUAGCAAAUAUAAAUGACUGUAAACAGGAAUGGAGACAAAAAGAAUUACUCCAAUAAAAUGCAUAAAAAUAGUAAUAUAGUAAAAGAGUCCAAUAAGGGAGUCUCUGUAAAUCUGAAACGCGUUUCGCCCCGUACCAGGGACUUCCUCAGUCCGUAAUAUGUGUCUCUUCUUCCUUGGCGUCUUUUUAUAUGUAUUGGAUGGCCGGUUCCUAUCUCUGGAACGCAUAUCGCCGAGGUGGAACGUGCUUCCAGCACCGCCGCCAGCCAUAUCUGGGUUGUGACGUCUUUCCGGUAAAGACGCCGGCCUGACUUCUGGCGUAAUGGCGUCCGGAUUGCGGGCGUCAUGCUGACAUGACGUCAGUCCAGUUGAAACGCACACCGCGUGACUUGUACGUUCCACCUCGGGAUAUGUGGAAAAGAGUCUCAUUAAGCAGUGCGCUGGGGCGGGGGAGCAGAGACAGAACAGCCAGCUCUCUGCAGCUGCCAGAAGAGCUAGCUCCCCCAUGCGGCUGCCAGAAGAGCUAGCUCCCCCAUGCGGCCGCCAGAAGAGCUAGCUCCCCCAUGCGGCCGCCAGAAGAGCUAGCUCCCCCAUGCGGCCGCCAGAAGAGCUAGCUCCCCCAUGCGGCCGCCAGAAGAGCUAGCUCCCCCAUGUGGCCGCCAGCACACAGGUAGCAAUUAUGUGUGUGAGUGUAUGUGUGUGUGUGUCUGUCUGUGUCAUGGUGUGUGUGUGUGUCUGUCUGUGUCAUGGUGUGUGUCUGUCUGUGUCAUGGUGUGUGUGUGUCUGUCUGUGUCAUGGUGUGUGUGUCUGUCUGUGUCAUGGUGUGUGUGUGUCUGUCUGUGUCAUGGUGUGUGUGUGUCUGUCUGUCUGUGUCAUGGUUGUGUGUGUGUGUGUCUGUCUGUGUCAUGGUGUGUGUGUGUGUGUCUGUCUGUGUCAUGGUGUGUGUGUGUCUGUCUGUCUGUGUCAUGGUGUGUGUGUGUCUGUCUGUCUGUGUCAUGGUUGUGUGUGUGUCUGUCUGUCUGUGUCAUGGUGUGUGUGUGUGUCUGUCUGUCUGUGUCAUGGUUGUGUGUGUGUGUGUGUCUGUGUCAUGGUGUGUGUGUCUGUGUGUCUGUGUCAUGGCGUGUGUGUCUGUCUGUGUCAUGGCUGUGGGUGUGUGUCACGGUCUCUGUGUUAUGGUGUGUGUGUGUGUCUUUUUUAAGGUGUGUGUCUGUCAUGGUGUGUCUGUUUCUGUCUGUGUCACGGUGUGUGUCUGUCAUGGUAUGUGUGUGUUUUUACUCACCUUUUUUCCCCCCCACGUCGUGCUGGUCUCCCCUCGACUGGCCUUGCCUCUACGGCUGAGAUCAUCAAGCUUGAUGAUCUCAGCCAAUCUGCACUGUCACAGGAAGCACCUCUAGUGACUGUCUGUCACUAGGAAGCAAUGUAAACACUGCCUUUUCUCUAAAAAGUCAGUGUUUACAUUGAAAAGCCUGCAGGGACCGGCUAUAGGCACCAGAGCCACUACAUUAAGGUGUGUGUGUGCGUGCGUGCUACUGUGUGAGCUUGUGUUUUUAUGUCAAUGACCUUCUGUAUAUCAGUGUGUAUAUUUUGUGUGUAGGCUGUUCGUAUUAUUUGUAUGAGGGGAGGGUUAUUCUGCAUUUCUGUGUAUAUCUAGCAGUGUUGGUGGCUUCCCUGGGUUCCAGUGGGGACCGGGCUGGCCAGGUACAGGUCAAAGACAGGAGCUGCAACAGCAGCUGCAGACUACUCUACUCCAGUGUGGAUUCCUAUUCACAAGUGCUGGAAUGAAGUGAUGUGAGAUCACUUCCUCUAUGUGCUGCAAUGUGUAAGUUGAGGAUUGUUCUUCACCACCUUUUCCAAUUAGCAGAUACAAUGAGGGGAAAAAAGUAUUUGAUCCACUGCUGAUUUUGAACGUUUGCCCAAUGACAAGGAAAUGAUCAGUCUAUAAUUUUAAUGGGAGGUGUAUUUUUAUUUUUAUUUUGCAAAUCUAUUUUAUUGGUAAAGAUGUAAACAGAAAGAUUAGGCUCCCAGGCCUCCAUGAGAGACAUAUGUAAAGGCAUAAUACCUAUCCAUUGUCAGUCUCAAAUUAACAAUGUGCUAGAACAUUGCUUGAGGGAUAUAGUAGCGUUCUAUGUGAAUAUGCCGUGUGCUCUUGCUAUAACCAAAUAACCUUUAUGUCAUGUACAGGCAGAUAUCAAUACCUUUAUCCAAGGUUUAGGGUACAUCAUCACAAAAUCACGAUGAUGGUAGGUGUAUUUUAACAGUGAAAGACAGAAUAACAAAAAAAAAAAAAAUUAAAACCAGAAAAACACAUGUCAAAAAAGGUUUAAAUUGAUUUGCAUGUCAAUGGGUGAAAUAAGUAUUUGACUCUUUCGACUUAGUACUUGGUGGCAAAACCCUUGUUGGCAAUCAUAGUGCAAGCAUGUGAUCAGACAUCAGAGGUCAGAUGUUUCUUGUAGUUGGCCACCAGGUUUGUACACAUCUCAGGAGGGAUUUUGUUCCACUCCUCUUUGCAGAUCCUCUCCAAGUCAUUAAGGUUUCGAGGCUGACAUUUGGCAACUCGAACCUUCAGCUCCCUCCACCGAUUUUUCUAUGGGAUUAAGGUCUGGAGACUUGCUAGGCCACUCUAGGAUCUUAAUGUGCUUCUUCUUGAGCCACUCCUUUGUUGCCUUGGCUGUGUGUUUUGGGUCAUGCCCUGGCUGAGGGAAGGAGGUCCUUACCCAAGAUUUAACGGACCGUGGCCCAGUCCACCAUCCCUUUGAUACGGUGCAGUUGUCCUGUCCACUUAGCAGAAACUCCCCCCCCCAAAGAUAAUGUUUCCAUCUUUGGUGGGGUUGGUGUUCUUGGUGUCAUAGGCAGCAUUCCUCCUCCUCCAAACACAGCGAAUUGAUUGCCUUGAUCAUUAACAAGAACCUCCAGUGUAGUUCUGGGCCGAUUCCUCACUGUUCUCAUGAUCACUGAAACUCCACUAGGUGAGAUCUGACCGUUAGCACCAGACCGAGUGAGACUGACCGUUAUUUUGUGUUUCUUCCAUUUGCGAAUAAUCGCAUCAACUGUUGUCACCUUCUCAUCAAGCUGCUUGGCGAUGUUCAUGUAGCCCAUUCCAGCCUUGUGUAGGCCUACAAUCUUCUCCCUGACAUCCUUGGACAGCUCUUUGGUCUUGGCCAUGGUGGAUAGUUUGGAAUCUGAUUGAUUUCUUCUGUGGAUCUGAAGAGAGUGCUCCUAAUCUCAGCUCGUUUGCAUGUCAAUCUUGCUGAUUGAUAGGGGAUCAAAUACUUAUUUCACUCAUUGACAUGCAAAUCAAUUUAUAACUUUUUUGUGUUUUUCUGGAUUUUUUUGUUUUGUUACUCUGUCUCUCACUGUUAAAAUACACCUACCAUUAAAAUUAUAAACUGAUCAUUUCUUUGUUAGUGGACAAACGUUCGUAAUCAGCAGGUAAUCUAAUACUUUUUUCCCUCACUGUAUCUGAAGUUUCACUGGGACUUCUGAUAGGCCGUGCAAAGACACCUCAAGUGCUAUGCAUGGCACACGUGCCAUAGGUUGCCUACGCCUGAACUAUAGUGUUCAUUUAACUUGGUGAUUGUAGUGUCAUUUUAAAGAUUUUCUUAUUAUGCACCUUCUUAUGUUGUUAAAGGGACUCUCCAGUGCCAGGAAAACAUAUUUGUUUUCCUGGCACUGCAGGACCCUGCAUUGCCCCUCUCCCUCCCACCCCCCAUCCCAAGUGGCUGAAGGGAUUAAAACCCCUUCAAUGACUUACCGAUUGCCCUCGGCACUGGGUCAGGCUCUGCCUACUCUGCUCCCCCGCCGUCAGCUGGCGGGGGAGACCUAAUGUGCAUGCGCAGCAAUGGCCGCGCAUUAGACCUCCCCAUAGGAAAGCAUUAGUCAAUGCUUUCCUAUGGGGAUUUCGGCGACGCUGAAGGACAGCCUGAUAGACAGCCACUACAGGAGGACUUAACCUUGCAAGUUAAUUAUUGCAGUUUAUAAAAACUGCAAUAAUUGCACUUGCAGGGUUAAGGGUAGUGGGAGUUGGCACCCAGACCACUCUAAUGGGCAGAAGUGGUCUGGGUGCUUGGAGUGUCCCUUUAUCUCUAUCAGCUUUUGAAACUGAAUGCACAGUCUGAAGUUCGUUAGAAAAACCUGCUGUUCUGCUGAGCGUUGUGUACAUCCUUCCUUCAUUUUUUUUUUUCAUGGCUUUUAUUUUGCUAAUUGUUCUCACUGUUUAGUAAAUAAAUCCCUAAGAUUGUUUUUGACUCACUGACUGAGAACAUUGCUGAUUAUGACAGUUGUGUUGUGAAUACAUUACUUGAAUUACUGUGUAUUUUAUGAUCUGUUUGCCAUCUAUGGCAUUUACCUAUUUUUAUUUUUUAAAUUUUUUUUUUAAUGAUUAUUUCAGUUUUCAGUGACUGCUGUUUUUCACAUGUAAUACAUUUACCGUAUGUUAAUUUACAGAUCAUUAAAUUGUAUUUAGGGAUUAAAGAUCUGUUUCGGAAAGGAAAUGGCCAAUAAUUUCAGUCCAGUGUGUCAGGGUCUUCCAGCACACUAGGAGUUAACCUUGCUGUGUAUGUGUCUCUCUCUCUCUCUCUCUCUCUCUCUCUCUCUAGGCCUGUGACAGAUAACCUUUGGCUUUGCAGCAGUUGUUCUGUUUCCCAUGAUGCUCAGCUAGUUUGCUUAGCUUAUCUCUCAGAGCAUUAUGGGAACCGGAGUCCACAACAGCUACAGUGCCAAAGGUUAGCAGCUGUUGUUGUGCACUCUAUUUCCCGUCACUGCCCCAGGCCAUUUUGACUGGUAUAACCAUUCCAAAUGCCUAUAACGCUCCCCUGUUUGUGCCCAGGCAUCCUCCUAUUGCAUUUUCAAAGUGUCGUUUUACACAUUGCAUUGUUUGCGUUUCCAGGCGCCAUAAUCCUUCAGGGCUCAGCAGAAUGUAAAAUACGGGGGAGGUUGAGCCUUGCUGUGGAGUUUGAGCCUUGGGUGUAA